GAUCACGCACCGGAUUUUUGUCAGAAGAAAGGUAUCACUGCAGCAAUGGCUGUCGCGAAACACGUUAGAGAUGGCUCUGAACAAGCCGUAAGGGAUAUGGCGAAUCAGAUGCUCAAAAAGUGGACGUUGGACAAUCAAUGCCAGAAGUCAGUGGUUAUCGUCGUUGCAGUCGACGACAGAAAAUUCUGGGUUGCACGAGACCCAAAAGUACCCGUUUACGCGGCCGAGUUCAAUCAAAUAUUUGCUGAUCAAGUACGACUGUGUUCAUUUCGUUGA